AUGGAGCAACAAUUGCGCGCUUGGUUACGUUAUUCGCUCGUCUUCGGACUCUACAUAAGUCCAACACCGGGUAGGCAAUACACAAACGACAGAUCAACCGCGCGCAGCAAGCGUCUGGCUUGGCUUGAGCGCAAGCAAAUCUUAACAAAACAACGUUUGAAAGAGAUUUACCUACACCUGCUAUUAGUUGGACUUUGCGUAGCUUAUGUGAGAGCACUAGCUGCGCGUAAGCCCAUACCAGGCUUGGCCAGCGAGGCAGCGUGCACUCUUAUCUACAGCAUACAAGCGUUAUCUAGUAUAGUCAUUGUAGGCGAAGGACUAUGGCGUCAACGGCAGCAGGAAGCAUUCUUGCGACUGCUACACGAAAUUGAAUUUUCACUGAAGCUGCGGCUGCGAGAGGAUAUUAAAUUGGCUUGUUGGCCGUCGCGUGCACGUUGGCACCUGAAAUAUUUGCUUUGGCUAUCGCUCAUCUGCUUCGGCCUUGCGUUGUAUAAUUUUAUGGAUUUACAACAUUUGGGUUUUUUUUGGCACUCCAUUUGGUAUAACAUUAUCAUACGUCUACGUAUCAUACAGUUAUGUAUUUACGUAUUUGCGUUGCGAAAUUAUAUGGAGUGUCUUUGCAUGAAAUUGCAACAGCUUGUUGCCUACCGUACGGCGCCAAGCCAACAGCUGUUGGAUAUUAACUAUGAAAAACUGCAAACUUUGGCAUAUCUCUUGGCCAUUAAGGAUAUAUACGAUUUACUCUAUAAGGCAUUUGAACUGCUCAAUGAAUUCGCUGGCUGGUCACUUUUCAUCAUAAUUACCUGUUAUAUCAUGGACUAUGGUUGUGCGCUAUAUUUUGCGCUGCUAGGCUUUGAGGGCUUUCUGGACAGUUCCGACUAUUAUGUGCCAGCUUUUUGGUGGUUGGUACCUAUGACCGGAACCAUUUGGCAUAUUUGUUAUCUGUGCUAUAAUUGCACGCAACUGGAUCGGUUGUUAGCCGCUAGAUUGCGUCGGCUAAUAAUUAUGAAUUCUUCGCAGUCCAUGCGGUCUUAUCGCACUUUAUUGCAGCGAUUCUCCACACAGUUAGAGCUGCAGUGCAUUAUUGUGACCGGCAGGAAUUUCUUUAUAUUAGACUUGCGUUUGGUAACAGCGAUUUUAGCAACUGUGACCUCAUAUCUGGUGGUGUUAAUACAAUUUCUGUAUAUUUAA